CAUCGCACAGUGAUCAAGAAUGCCGCAAUCCUAUAGUUCUUAUAAGCACUAUCAUUCUUGCUUAUAAGUGAUCUUUCCUCCAAGCUUUUGUUUUCAGUUCGCUUUGGACGUGCCAUAGUUGCUGUUGUCUGCUCAAUUGUUUAGUUGCGAUCUUGGCUAGAUCUCUCGUUCCUGUUUCGUCGAUCAGUUGUACAUAAAGGCAACUAUGAAUUGCCUGCGUAAAAUACCAAUGCGUAUGAUUGUUAGCGCAGUCCAGCGCCAACAGCAAUGCAUGUCCAGCGGUUCAAGUGCCAUGUCAGCACUCACUGUGCUCACCGAAGAUGAACGCGUAAUGAAGGAGACUGUGGCUAAAUUGGCCCAAGAGCAAGUCGCUCCACUCGUCAAGAAAAUGGAUCAGGAGCACAAAUUCGAUCCAUCAGUGGUGAAGGCCGUUUUCGAGAAUGGCUUGAUGGGCAUUGAAGUUGAUCCUGAUUUGGGUGGUAGUGGAUGCAAUUUUUUGACAACCAUUUUAGUUGUCGAAGAGCUGUCCAAGGUUGAUCCGUCCGUUGCAGCUUUCGUCGACAUCCAUAAUACGUUAGUUGUCUCACUUAUGAUGAAAGUGGGCAACGAGGAGCAGAAAAAGAAGUAUUUGCCGAAACUGUCACAAGAAUAUGCUGGUAGCUUCGCUUUGACUGAGCCAGGGGCUGGAUCUGAUGCUUUCGGAUUAAAAACCGUUGCCAAGAAGGAUGGCACUCAUUACGUUAUUAACGGUACAAAAAUGUGGAUUUCUAAUUCGGACGUAGCUGGUGUUUUUCUAGUCUUUGCCAACGCCAAACCAGAAGCGGGCUAUCGCGGUAUUACCACAUUCAUUGUUGAUCGCGAAACACCGGGGUUGAUUGUGAAUAAGCCCGAGGAUAAGCUCGGAAUUCGCGCCUCUGGCACCUGUAUGGUUACUUUCGAUAACGUGCGCAUUCCCGAAGAGAAUUUACUUGGCGAGUUCGGCCAAGGCUAUAAAUAUGCCGCCGGCUUUUUGAAUGAGGGACGCAUUGGUAUUGGCGCUCAAAUGGUAGGUCUCGCCCAAGGCUGCUUCGAUCACACUAUACCCUAUCUGUUGGAACGCAAGCAGUUCGGCAAGGAAAUAUACGAUUUCCAAUCGAUGCAACAUCAAAUAGCUACUGUGGCCACUGAGAUCGAAGCGGCACGUUUGCUCACUUACAAUGCUGCGCGCCUACAGGAACAGGGCAAACCUUUCCUCAAGGAAGCUGCUAUGGCCAAGUUUUUCGCCUCGGAAGUGGCACAACGUGCCACUAUUAAGUGCAUUGACUGGAUGGGCGGUGUUGGCUUCACACGUGAUUUCCCACAAGAGAAGUAUUAUCGCGAUGUUAAGAUUGGCGCCAUCUAUGAAGGCACCACCAACAUGCAGCUAAGUACCAUUGCUAAAGUGAUCAAGAAGGAGUACGCCAAGUAAAUGAAGUGAGAACGAAAGCUCAAAAGGCAUGCAAAAUCUUUGCGGGCUUUGUCUUCCAGUGAAAAUAGUCAAAAAAAAUAUCGUAGCAGAUACCAACAGUGCAUUUAUUAAGAAAUUAUCAGUAAAGCAAUGAAAUUUGGCUGUUUAAGCCACUCCGCUGACCUUCGUUGGGAUAAAUAGUUUUAAAACAACCAACAAAUUAUGAGCUUACUGGCAAUUUCAGAACCACACAAAUAGAUUCUAGUACAUACAUAUUUAAUAUAAUUUUGUUAAAGACAUUUGUACAUAUUUUUUUGAAAUUUUUGUAAGAACACAUACGUGAAAUAUGAGCAUUUAUUAAAGUUAAAUAUAUUUAUGUAUAAUAUAUAUGAAACAAA